AUGAUUAGAGACACCAGAGGCAUAACAAAAGUAUGGAGAGAGUAUUGCGAAAAACUGUUCUACGAGAGAGAUAAAGAUGAAUGUCAUACCCCAGAAUUUGAAACGAUUGACAGAGAACCUACAAUUCUGAAGGCUGAAGUGGAAAAGGCUAUUAGAUCUUUAAAAAACAAUAAAUCACCUGGUGAAGAUGGAAUAUCCGCUGAGACCAUUAAAUCUAUGGAUGAUCUUGGCAUCGACACAUUUCACAAACUGUGUGUUAUGAUAUGGCAAACUGGUAAAUGGCCAAGGGAAUGGUGUGAGUCGAUAUACAUGCCGUUGCACAAGAAGGGCUCUCCGACAUAUUGUAGCAAUUAUAGAACAAUAGCGCUUAUGUCACACGCAAAAUACAACAGGCCUCUAGCAUUGGUGUUCGUUGAUUUCCAGAAAGCAUUUGACACAGUAGAAUUAACAUCAAUAAUAGCAGCAUUGGAGCAGGGAAGAGUAGAUUAUAGGUAUACAAGGCUUAUAGAAUACAUAUAUAGUAAUGCCACCACAACUGUAAAACUUCACGAAACAACAGAUAAAAUUGAGGUAGGCAAAGGAGUUCGACAAGGGUAUACUAUUUCGCCUAAACUUUUUACAGCUGUCCUUGAAUACGCAAUGAAAUCACUCUCUUGGGAGAAUAGAGGCAUAAAUAUCGAUGGUGAAAGGUUGACACAUCUCAGAUUCGCAGAUGACAUCGUCCUUGUCUCAGAUAACAUCGGAGAUUCAAAGCAGAUGCUCGAAGAAUUAGUGCAGGCCUCAUUAAAAGUCGGUCUCCGGAUAAAUACGAGUAAAACGCAAAUAAUGACAAACUUAGUGCUGACACAGAACAUCAGAAUAGGUGACGCCGACAUAAAAGAAACACAUAUAUACAAAUAUCUAGGGCACGAAAUACAAAUCGGAAAGAACAACCAAAUACACGAGAUACAGCGCAGAAUAGGUUUGGGUUGGGCUGCUUUUGGCAAACUGCGGGAGACCUUUAAAAGUGAUAUACCUAUAUGCUUGAAGAGGAAAGUUUAUGAACAAUGCGUCUUGCCGUUACAAGCAUAUUUUGGCAAAGAAAAAAAAGAAAAAAGGGCUAAAACAAAUUGUUAUCCAAAUUGCACGAGAAUUUCGGAAAAGGUUUCAACGAUUAAUCUUCAAUCAUUACUAAGCCAUACCUCAAGAAGAUUGAUAGAGUCUCAAAAAGAGGUAUUAUCUUCUUUUGCAUCAAAUGGUGAUGAUUCUUCUAUCAAACUUAAUCUGUACGAUAAAUGA